AAAGACCCAAAUUAGACAGAGCAAGAAUCAAUUCCGUAACAGAGACACAGACUCGCAGAGAAACAGAGAAGUUCGAGUGAGGCAUGGCAGCUCGCAAGAGAGCUACAUCAACAACGGACACAAGCACCGCGAAACCAGUCCCUACCGAUUCCAAAAUCGAGCACAAAACCCAAGAAUCUGCUGACCCACCACUUGCUCCCCCAAAAUCUGCGUUCAUUUUCAAGCUCUCUCUCUUGCUUCUCGCCCCUUACUUUUAUUUGCUCUUCUGCCACUACAAGAUCCAGCAUGAACUUAAAAGAUCAAUCCUCAUCAAUGCUGCCCUUAGCCUUGCAGGAUUCUUCUUGACCGUUAAGAUGAUUCCUGUAGCUUCUCGAUACGUUUUGAGGAGGAAUCUUUUUGGUUAUGAUAUUAACAAGAAGGGUACCCCUCAGGGAACUAUUAAAGUGCCUGAGUCAUUAGGUAUUGUUGUUGGGAUAGUCUUCUUGGUAUUGGCAAUCAUAUUUCAGUAUUUUAACUUCACAGCAGAUUCCAAUUGGCUUGUAGAGUACAACGCAGCACUAGCAUGCAUCUGCUUCAUGACUCUACUCGGAUUCGUGGAUGAUGUCCUUGAUGUACCAUGGAGAGUGAAAUUACUCCUACCAUCAAUUGCUGCGCUUCCAUUGUUGAUGGCUUAUGCUGGACAUACAACUAUCGUAAUACCAAAGCCUCUUAUUCCAUAUGUUGGGCAUGGUGUGAUCGACCUAGGAUGGCUAUAUAAGCUAUACAUGGGGCUUUUGGCUGUUUUCUGCACAAAUUCCAUUAACAUUCAUGCUGGUAUAAAUGGCUUGGAAGUUGGGCAAACAGUUGUCAUUGCAUCUGCUAUUUUGAUACACAAUAUAAUGCAAAUUGGAGCUUCUGUGGAUCCCGAGUAUCAACAGGCUCAUGCAUUUUCUAUUUAUCUUACUCAACCCUUACUAGCCACCUCCAUGGCUUUACUUUCUUACAAUUGGUAUCCUUCUUCUGUUUUUGUUGGCGAUACCUAUACAUACUUUGCCGGAAUGACUAUGGCUGUUGUUGGGAUUUUAGGACAUUUUAGUGAAACUCUCCUGAUUUUCUUUUUACCUCAAGUAAUAAACUUUCUCUUAUCACUUCCCCAGCUUUCUGGCUAUGUCUAUUGCCCUCGGCAUCGGCUGCCUAGGUUUGAUCCUCAAACAGGACUGUUAACUGGAACCAAUGAUGGAACAGUUGUCAAUGUUUAUUUAAGAAUUUUUGGGAGGAAGUCAGAAAAGUCUCUUUGUGCCCAUCUUCUUCUUGUUCAGGCUAUUGGAUGCGGCUUCUGUUUCCUGCUGAGGUAUUUGCUUGCUGGCUGGUACAAAUGAGUUUGUAACAUCACCUUCAGCUUGUAGUUAUCUCACCUACCAUACUCAACUAUUUGGGUUAUUUAAUGUUUCCAUGGGUGGAGUAUUGCUAAGUACAGUUACUUCUUUCGGCGGAACACCGAUUACUAGCAGUUUUGACAUUCUUGGGAUGUAGCAUACAUUGUAUCAGAAUGGUGAGAUUUGAGUUUUUAACACAUUUUGAGUUUUUAACACAUUAACCACCUUCAUUGAUGGAUUGAAUCUUCAACUUAAAAGGAAUCAAUGAUUCACACUGUAAAUUAUCUUUUUACAAAAGACUGACAAUCUUUUCUGUUCAGAUGGUUCACCAGCUGAAAAUUGAUAUGCAAGUUAUAGCUUUUGUACUAUGACCUUAUCAAACUCAAAUUCCAAGUAUAAUCUUUAUCUA